UGCAGCAUACGCGGUGGGACGAGGCGAGACGGAAAACGGUCCCAUCGCCGUUCGGCCGUUCGCUGUUCGCGCGUGUCUUUGUGCGAGACCUGCAGUGUCCCGUUGCGGCCUGUUCCGAGCUCCGGGCUCCGUUUCUCCGCGUGUCGGUACCGUCGCGCGUGCGCGUGUAAGAGAGACAGGUCACUCUGCAUACGUGAAGAAUAGAAGAGACAAGACUCAGUGAAGAUCAGGGUAAGAGAGGGGGUAGUCGACGUGCGUGAGGGGCUUGUUUCUCCGUGUUGCGCCGUUGGGGCCAAAAAUAGACAAAUGGUUGAUGAACGCGUCGUCGUCUCCGUCGUCGGUGGUUCCUCGCGCUUUUCCAGAAUGUUCCUCACGCCACUGAGAUCGUAGAUCACUCACAACAAGCGAUCGAGCAAGCGAGCAAUCAAGCGAUUUAGAGCGAUCGCGCCGCCUUGGCCACUAUCCACCAUCUCCUGAGUGGAGGAAGAGAUGGAAGUGCUCAAGACGUCCCAGGAAAUCGUCUACGAAGGAUGGCUCAUCAAAUCGCCACCAACCAAGCUCUGGAGAGCGCGAUGGAGAAAGCGAUGGUUUGCCCUUCGUCAUAGUGGAGAGCUACCUGGUCAAUAUUUUUUGGAAUAUUACACAGACAGACGCUGCCGUAAGCUCAAAGGUCGUAUCGAUUUAGAUCAGUGCGAACAGGUGGACGCAGGUCUUCGAUUUGAAAAUCGUAAACAGAAGUAUCAGUACAUGUUUAAUGUGAAAACGCCGAAAAGGAUCUAUUAUUUAGUUGCUGAAAACGAAGCGGAUAUGAACAAAUGGGUAGAUGCGGUGUGCCAAGUUUGCGGUUUGAAGGCAUACACUCAGGAUGAGGAGCAACAAAUGUUUCAAUACGAGUCUCAAGAAUCCCCACCUACUUCGCCCACUAGCACGAUCUCUGGUCCUUACAUUCCUAUUAGCGAGUGCAUUUCCGGUCGUCGGCUCAACGAUACCAGUUCUCUGAGUUCGGCUCUCGGACAAGGACCCGAACAUUACGAUGCCCCGAGAAGAUUGGCACCCUCGCCACCGCGAUCACCCACGACAACAGAUGCCGAGAGCGUUUUCACCGACGACGAAUGGACAACGUCUGUGCCGAGUGCGAAUUGGGACACGCUUCCUUCAACGGGUGAUUCGCGACAACCUCAUGGUCCGGGUGACCAUGAAAUUGGUUCGUGGAGUGUGAAAAAACGCUUUGGCAAGCUCAGAAUUGUUGAUUCCGCGAUACCACCAGCCGUGGAGAAGUUGCCAGCACCACCCAGACCACCGAAACCGCCUCAUAUGUUACCCGAAAAUCCUGGUCACAACUACCUGAAUCUAGAUGGUGCUACCGAAAGCUCGAAACCGAGUACCCCAGCGACGCCGGCGCCAACGACGCCUGCUGCCGUUACAACAACAAUGGUUACCGUGACCGAUGAGUCAUACGAUUUUCCUAGAUCUCAUCAACCGCAAGCGGCACAAACGGCCGUCGAGAGCAACACAAUGGCGAUCGAACAGUCGUCAAAACAUUUCUACUCAAACGCAGCACCGAGUACCAUUAAUGACGAGACACAGAAUGUAUUCCGCUAUGAUUUCCACGACAUUGAGCCAUCAAGUCCGCGCUCUGAAAACUCGACUACAGCGACAUACUCGAAUUUACCGAGUCCUCUCGUGCGAGACAGUUGUUCGAGCGGUGUACCAACCACCAUGGCGCCGCCUCCGCCGAUGGUGUACAGAGAAUUAAAGCCGGGCAGAAAAACUAGCGACUCAAUGUCUAUCAUAAGCAACGAACCAUCACCGGGUCCGACAAUAGCACUAUAUGAUGUAAGUUCUGCUGAACAUUCUCCGGCCGAACCGCCGACCAUCAACAGGAAGUUGAAACCAUCGUUGAAUAAAUCACCGGUGGAAGCACCUCAUCUACAAUUAGCGUCUCCACCUGGAAGAGGAAGAAUACGGGCGGCACCCAGUCCGACGCCUCCGUCGCAUAUGCAUUCGAUACGUCAUCAGUCGACGUCGGAUGAAGACAAUAACGCAUUCGAGGAUAGAGAAGAGAUAUACUAUUAUCAAGAUCAUAAUACAUUUAUUCCGGCGUCUAAUCGCUUAGUGGUACUGCAGUAUUUGGAUCUUGAUUUAGAAACGACAGAGAGCUUUAAUUCCUCGACGUUACCGCCCGCACAACCCCUCCCAAGUACGACUGUGUACAAAACCGUGGAUUUCGUGAAGACAGAGGCUUUUAAUCGUACUCGGCAGCGAGUGGAGGAGGAGAGAAAACUGUGCACGGAUGAGUUAACGUAGGGAAUGAAUUGUAUUAUAUGAACCAUAGAUAGAUUACAUGAAUGUUAAAUAGUUUAAGUAAAGUGUGUGGACUUUGUGUUAUGUUAUAUAGAUGAAAGAGAGGAUUUUUUUCUAUUUUAAGCACACUAGAAUAGCAUAUUAGAAUAGUACUGCGCAAGAAAUACGGACGAACUUGAUCGCGGUAUCGACGCAGUACUUACAGAAAGACAGCGUCCACCGCUUUACGAAGUACGUCAUUUUAUUCUUUACGUAGCAACGGUUAGCUUCAUAAAUUGGCUAUGCAGUUUGAAGAGGGAAUCGAAUAUUGUACAGAGCAAUGUAAAACGGACCAAAAAUGUAAUGUUAUAUAUAUAUAUAUAUAUAAAAAGAGAGGGAAAUGAACAGAAGGGUGACAAACAGAAGAUCGAUAAUUUCAAGAAAUAUUCUCAAUAAGGAAUUUCUAAUUGUGGAUAAGCAAAGUAUUAUUUAAAUCAUAAAGAUUCUCUUAUAUAUUUGGGUAUAAUUAUGGUUUUACAUAUUAAUUUUAUGUCGGGUCGACGUGCGCGGGGCAUUUUUAUCAUGAAUUAUGUGCAACGAAUAACUAAAUCUGUAAUAUUCUAUUUUUAGCGUUAGAUAUAAAUGAUAUAUAAUAUUUUUUUAUCAUGUCGCAACGAAAUCCAUAUUACCAAGGCGAUUAGA